AAUGAAAUUAUAAUUGAAAAUGGAAAAAGGCGAAAAAACUAAAAUAUCAAUGAAGAGGAAGAGGAAGACACAUGAAGAAGACAAAGAGACCCGAAGAAAGAGAAAAAAUCGGGAAAAGAUGCAAAGAUACAGAGAUAUGCAUAAAAAAGGGUAUAAAUGCAGAAGAAAAUGAUCGAUUGAAUACUAAAAUCUUGCAGUUAAAUCAGCAAAUAGACAUUCUUACAAAGGAGAAUGAUAUUCUGAGAGCAAACAGUAAAUUAGCAGGAAUAAUGAGUCAGAAAAGCUCAGCAUUUGAGAAUACAGGCACUUGUCCGGAAAAUUCAACCAUCAGUAAUCAGACCUUAUAAACCAUCAAAUGAAAAUGCCAGCUCUUGAGAAAGUUUUUAAGAGAGAAGACCAUUUCUGGAAGAACACUUUGCCUAAAUUGAUUGAGAAGAACCCUGAAAAAGUGAAGUUUACACUUAUGGAUCAGAACAAAGAACUCUCAGGCUUGAAUGGGAAGACAAGAAUGUCAUUUCUUAAAACCCAGUUCAAAAACAUAAUCCAAAAUGUGAUCCCUUUCAGUGAACUGAGCUUAUUAUAUAACUUUGAUUCUAUAACAAUACCAGAGUGGGCAAAGCUUAGAGAGGAAUUAGCCAAACCCAUCCCUGAUUUAUCUAAAAUAAAAGUUCCUUCUAACUUCAAAGAAACCAAGAUCUCAAACCAGUUCACCAAAUUUUUCACUAUCCACGGAGAGAAAAUCAUCACUAACCUGAGAGAAAUUCGAAACCAAAUCAGAGAACUAGUCAAAGUAAGAAACAGAAUGUUCAAGAGCAUGAAGAAGAUCAAAGAAAUAGCAGUAAGCUCAGAUUACAGUUAUGACAAAAUCGACCACAUCGCUGCAAGAAAAUAAGUGGGAUCAAUUAAAGCAAAAAGGAAUAAACUUAUUUAAAAUUCUGAAAAUUAACAAGAAAGAUCCUUUUAAAGAAUACACAUCUGAAGUUGAAAUGACAGAAUUAGAGGACGAAGAAAUGAAAACGGAUUUUUAAAUCCUCAAAAGUGGUGGGAAUGAUUAAAAGAUAAUAGAUCCAAGAAAGAAAAGCUAAAUAAAUUUAGUCAGGAUCUUAAAUUAAUUAUUAAU